AUGUCUACCACUAUUGUUGAGAUGCUCGUACGAGUGGCAUCGAUUCUAAUGACCACGACUAUCUUUGUGAUCAGCAACACCAUCACCAUAGUUCAGUAUUCGAAUGCUGAGUACCCACAGAUAACACAACCAAUUUUGGCAUUGGUGGGACUCUAUGUCAGCUACCGAUUUACCAAAAGAAUCAUCACCUCAUGGCUCAACAUGGUGGUUUUCAUGGUCAAGAUGUUUUUGCUUUUGAUCACCAUCAUCGUUGGGUUGGCGGCGUAUCUUAGAGGAGAACGCUUCUUUAGUCAGGAUAUUCCUUUUUUGCAGCAAGCGAUUCAAGAGUAUAAUGGAGAAGCGAUCCAAGAGUUCGUGGGUGCCAAGAUGAACCAGGCUAUGUUCAGCAAUCUUUUUAGUCUGUUUGGAGAUUCUGAACCUGAGAAGAAGACGAAGACGAAGACCAAAAAACCAAAGGUGGAUAAGGGCAAAAAGUUCCAGAAAAAGGCCAAGAGGGUGAUGAAAGAACAUGGUAUUGAGAUUGACAGCAGCUACUUGGACUAUUUGAAUGAGAACUUGGGGUAUGGUGGGGAUGAAAAUAUCUUGGAUAACGUGGGAGCAGCUUUAGAUGGGUUGGGUUUGGAUGUCAGCGGGUUUAUGGACCGGUUCCAUGUAUGA